AUGGUAAAGGGACGAGGAAAAGACACUAACAAAGGACACAAUGUUCCAUCUGCAAUUGAUGAGGUCUCUACAAAAGGAACAGAAGCAGAAAAAAUGGCUGAGUGCUUAAGAAAAAGCAGAAUUGCUAAGGCAUUGUCUGAUACAACAAUAGUUUAUGAAUCUCAUGUUAGAAGAUUCUGGGACACUGCAAGGUUUGAAGAAAAGGAUAAUAAAAUUCAUGCAGUAGUCAAGAAGAAAGAUGAAAACAACAAGGAUAUUGAUGUUGAAGUAGUGUUUGGAGUAGAGGAUAUAAGAAGGGUUCUUGAUUUACAAGAUUCUGACAAUGAUCCAACGAUCAUGUCAGAACGUCUUGCUAAAGGGCUAUGGUGUAGAUUGGGAUUUUCUUCACACAUCAACGGAAAAAUGUUCAAAAGGAGUUUCUCGAAACAAUACAGAUACUUAAUGCAUUGCUUAGUGCAUUCCCUAUCUCACAGAAAGGGAGCCUAUGAUGAGGUGUCUGACUACAUAAUGAACAUUGUUGUAAGUAUUGUGCUGAACAAGAAAUACAAUAUUUCACAAGUGAUUUUUGAAUUUUUAAAAGAAAAUUGCUUAGCCGGGAAAGACAAAUACAUUAUGUACCCAAGAUUCAUUAUGAUGAUCUUGGAUGACAAAGUUAAGGAUUUGCCAAAGAAUAAUGAUGAUAUUAUGGCAAUGGCUGAAGUGAAUAAGACUGCUAUUCUGAGAAUCACAAAGGAGAAGGAUGCUAAAACAAAAGAGUUGAUCUGUGCAUUAAAGGAUGAAGCAUACGUAGCUCCUGAAAAUGAUAAAUGGAGACAUGAUAAUAGUGAUUCAGACAAUGAAGACAAUAAGAUGAAUGAUAUGAUUGAAAAGAAAACCAGAUGGUGGUGUAUCAAAGAUGGAAAGAGAAAGAGAACACCAAAGUCGACCCCUGUGGUUGUAAUUAAAGAAACAGCAAAGGGGUCUUCUGAAGAACCUCAAAGAAAGCUAAUUGAUGAACCUGUCAUAGAACCGAGGGAGGUGAUUGAUCAAGGUGUUGGUUUAGAAGAGACUUUGGAAAGCUAUUUUAAAAAGCAUGAAGAGGCUGAACAAGCACAAGCUCAAAAGAACUCCAGUAAUGAAGAUUCAGAAGAAACUUUAUCGGAAUCUGAACUGGUCAAAGAGACAGUGGGAAAAGGAAAGGUACAACUGAAGAAAAGACCUUUAAAGAAAAGAAAGAAUUCUGAAGAUGAAGAUUCACCGUACAAUCCUGAGGAUUCUCAGAAAAACAGAAAGAAAAGAAAAGCUACUCGCACCGGUGAUAUUCCAAGAGUGGUUAGAGCAAAGAAACAGAAUGCUAAAUCACAAAAAGAGAAGGAAGGAAAGAAGAAACAGGACACUGCUGAAACUAGUCCUGUAGUUGAGAUACCAAAAGAAGUUCCUUUAACAGAAAUUCCAAUAGAAACACAAACUUCUUAUGAUGAUUAUGUGGAGAUCACCGGAGUCAAAUCUGCUAAACAAACAUCUGAUCGUCAUGAUAUUCCAGAAUCAUCACAACGAAAGACAGAUUAUUUCAACUUAGAUUUUGAUAGCUUAGGUGGUGCUACUGGAGAUUUCUUUAAAGAUAUGCCAGAAAGUGAAGGAGACCUAUUUCAUGAUAAAAAGAUGAAAGAAUUGGAAGAAAAAGUUAAAGCCUUGGAAAGGGAAAAGGAAGAAAACGAAGCUGUACAAAUAAAGUUGAAGGAAAUGAUUGAUGAGUUGGAGAAACGGCACGAAGACGUAAUGGAUGCAGUGUUUACAAAAGAUGAGAAAUUGAAUGAAAUGAAGGAAGAUAUAAAAGAUAAUGCAGAACUUAUUAGUGCACUUACUGAUGAAAUUGCUGCAUUGAACGCCAAAGUCAAAGACUUGCAGAAUAUCAAUCAGACUUUGAAUCAACUCUUAAAUGAGAUGAAUGAAGCUUCGACAAAUGAAAUGAAGGCAAUGAAGCUAGAGAUGGAAGCUAUGAGAGCAGAUAAGGUGAUGAAAGAUAAGCAACUGGAAAUGCUUACGGCUGUGAUUGAAGCACAUCUGAAGGUGAACAUCCACGAGGCUUUUGAUCAAGUUGACAUUAUCAAGGCAAAUGAAAGAAGGAAAGAAAGAGAAAGACAGCUUGCUGAAGAAGCUAACCUGAAAAAUAAAGGUAUAGCAGAAGAAGUUGAAGUUGUUGGAUCUUCACAAAAUCAACUUGAGGUAGGUGGAUCAUCUUCUCAACCAGAAAUUGAAAUGGUGGAUGCUCAAGAUGUUACAGCAAAUGAUGAAGAAAUGGUGGAAGCAGAAAAUGAAGCAGUUCAUGAACCAGAGUUUAUUAUGGUUGGUGAAUCUGUAGAGCCUAUUAUUCCGGAGAAUGUUUUGAGAGACGUUCAAAUCAUACAAAGAAAGAAAAAGGCUAAAGAAGUAUUACUACUGGAGUACUCUACCGACAAGUUUGUAUUAGUUGGAAAAGCCUAUAGAGUGCCCUAUAGUGAAGAAGAAUCUGCCAAGCUGUUAAGAUUUUUUGAAUUAAAGGAUCAAGGGAAGAUAGCUAGAGAGAGAAAGUGGCAAAACGUGAUUCACGGAGCUUGUAAUCGUUACAUCAUCAAUGGAAUCACGACAUUAGUAUGA